UAGUAUCUUUGGGCGGCGGAAGUAUCCAUUUGUCCGUGUGUCGGUUCUUCGUACCUUCGAGGAAAGUCGUCUUUAGCCUUUCUGAUCCGGAUUUGACCGAAAAGGGGAUAUUGUUACCUAAAAUCACUUUUAAUUCAUCUUAAAUGGCUUUGAAACGUAUCAACAAGGAACUUCAAGAUUUGGGAAGAGAUCCUCCUGCUCAGUGUUCAGCUGGACCAGUUGGAGAUGAUUUAUUCCAUUGGCAAGCUACUAUAAUGGGUCCAGUGAGUAUAAAAUUUAUAUAUAUAAAUAUUCUUUAUAUAGCAUUUAAUGUUUUUGCUUUACAGGUAGCAUUUACUACUAAAAUAUAUCAUCCUAAUAUCAACAGUAAUGGUAGUAUUUGUUUGGAUAUUUUGAGAUCACAAUGGUCUCCAGCACUUACAAUAUCAAAAGUAUUGCUCUCAAUAUGCUCACUGUUGUGUGAUCCAAAUGCAGACGAUCCACUGGUUCCUGAAAUAGCUAAAAUAUACAAGACCGACAGAGAAAAAUACAAUGAACUGGCACGUGAAUGGACCAGGAAGUAUGCAAUGUGACCCUUUAAUAAAUACUGUGUAGUGCUGCUUCCAUUCACCAUCUCUCUUUCUAUUUUCUUGUUUAUUUCCUGUUCUGGUCAAUAUGGUUUGGGGGCCAGUCUUUGAUGGACGUGCAGCAAUCGGACACUCCAAUGUUACGACGUCUCUCUAGAAUUCGAUAAAUGCUACAAACUGGUGAAUUGGGAAUGCUUAGUUGACCAGCAUGGAAUUUAAUCAUAUAUUGUCUAAGACACUUGGUACCAAAAAAAGAAAAAAAAUUAGUAAAAAAAAGAGGGACAAUCUUCCAUAUACUUUGGGUGAUCAGUGUCCCAUUAAUAAUGUGAGUUUCUGUAUAGCAUUGUUCACUUAACAGCACAUUACAGUGGUCACACAGUACACGUAUAUACAAACUGGUAGAAUUAAUAUUAAUCAAUGUUUAAAUCUGUCAUAAGUUAACAGCAGAUAAGGAAAAGUGAAAAACAUAAUGUCCAGACUUAUACCUCAAGUGUCCUUUGUGUACAUGUAUUUUUUUUCCCCCAUUUUCGAUGCCUACUGACUUGUGCUGUGUAAAUAAAUUUUUACAUCUGCCAUUGAAACUUUUUUCUUAUUAUUUUGCUUUAUUAAACUUUUUUUUGGAAAAAGUUGACGGCUGGCCACGAUAUCAAACCAUUGUAAAUGUUCAUAAAUUUAGAAUGCUUUAAUUAGAAUAAAUUUUAAAAUUAUUCACAAUA